AUGGGGGGGAGGGCGAGCCCAGCAAAGGUGGCGACUGAGGGGACCCAAGGAGAAGAGGAGGGCGACGUCCGGAGCGUCAGCAGAGCCAGGGAACGCUGUGUGAGGCUGGCAAGGCGGCGUUCACCUAGUCCUUUCGCGCUCCACCGCCGUCGGUGGAGGACAGGAGGCGGGAACGGCGGCCCCCAAACCUCCUUCUCAGGCUCUGGCCUCCCUCUGCUAACCCCUGCAACAUCCAACCCGGUCUUGGAAAAUCCCGCGAGAACGGGCUCCCGAAUUGUGAUUGGGUUCUCGCGAGAAAGAAAUCUUCCUUUCCGUGGGCGGAGCAAUCUUCCCUACGUCUCUCCCCUAGGAGGCCUGUAGCAGGAAGGUCCGCGGGAGUUGCUAGUGUCGCGAGGUUUGAGGUCGCUGGAUUGGCCGGGCGCUGAGCAACGCAGGAAAGAAGUGGGGAGCUUGGGGGUGCUGUGGCUGUAAAGGGCAGCCGAGGCGCUGGAGGCCUGGCUGAGGGCGUCCCCUAGGUCGCGGCUUCUGACCUCUCUCAGUGCAGCUUGGUUCUUCCGUGGUGGUGCCACACCCCAGGAACUUCAGGAGCUGCCCACGGGCCAACCACGGGGGCCAAGUGAAAUUAGCGCGUUUUCUUGGAUCUUACACUUUAUAGUGUAUCAUAAAUACUUUAAAUUCAAAGCCAACAGCAUUUGCUGCAAAUAAACGUAAAAAUACUGUUAAA